AUGGUCCUUGGCUGGCUGCUGUUGGUGGUGACAGCUCUGUCACCGGGUGUGACGGGCGCCAAGGACUGCAUCUUCUGUGAGCUGACCGACUCCACACACUGCCCUGGCACCAACAUGCGCUGUGGGGACAACGAGGACUGCUUCACGGGCCACGGGGUGGCCCCGGGCACCGGCCCGAUCAUCAACAAAGGCUGCGUGGUGGCCACCAGCUGCGGCCGCGAGGAGCCCAUCAGCUACAAGGGCGUCACCUACAGCCUGGUCACCACCUGCUGCAACGGCCCCCUGUGCAACCAUGCCCCCGCAGGCCGACGGAUGGCAAGGACCGCCACUGGCCUGGUGCUGGGGCUGGGCUUGCUGCUUCCUGCGCGUCCCCUGUGA